AUGUCCUGCUCCGACCUCUGUGUCCCCACGUCCUGCGGCCCCACGCCGCUGGCCAACAGCUGCACCGAGCCCUGUGUCCGGCAGUGCCAGGACUCCACCUACGUGAUCCAACCAUCCCCUGUGGUGGUCACCCUGCCCGGGCCCAUCCUCAGCUCCUUCCCGCAGAACACCGCCGUGGGAUCCUCGGCCUCCGCCGCCGUCGGGGAUGCUCUGAGCGCCGGGGGGGUCCCCAUCAACUCGGGCAGCUCCUCGGGGCUCGGCGCUUUGGGGUACCCCGCUUUGGGGGGGCUUUAUGGCAGGUCCUACCGGCGCCCCAACCGCGGUGGGCCCUGA